AAUGCGAGAAUUGAGCAGCGUUCUACCAAUUAAAUCUACGACGCGUGCGAUUGUCGUGUGAUGAUAUGCCACUUAAACAGCAGCUUGAACCGUCACUGGUGCGGAUAUUGGUGUCGCUCCCCUGGGAUGCAGCGCAACGGCUGCGCCAACUGGCCGCCGAGGGCAAUCCCGAGCUGCGCGCCCUCAACAUUCAGUCCGUGCAGUUCGAGGGCGAUUCUGUGAUAACUUUGAAAGUUGGAGGACAAGAUAUUAGCCUGCCCUCAGAUAAUGUAAACGAGACACUUGAGGCGGCUGGCUCGUCUUCCGGCAACAAGAGUAGUCUGGUGGCUCUGACCUCGGGUUUCGAUGGCCGCACCAGCAAGGCGGCCUCCGCCUACAUGCAACAACAGCAGCAGCGCGGAUUGUGCAACUGCCGCAGAAUGUUUCCAACGAUGCAAUCUCACUCCCAGCAAAGGAGAGCGGCUCUGCAAAAGAUGCCUCCGCAACAACAGCAGCAGCUCCAGCUUCAGCAGCAGCAGCAGGUUCCGGGAGCUCAGCAAACGCCGCCGGUGUUCAAAUCCCCCAACACGGUGUGCCCGAUGGAGGGGAAGGUGCCGUUGCUGCUGCCCUCGCCUUCUGGAACGGCGGGUGUGCCGCGAGACUUUCCCUUUGAGAGCAUGCGGCAGGCGCGAGUUCUGCAAGGUCGGGAGGCGGGCGGCCUGGGUCCGCCACCGCCGCCCAACGUGACGCUAAAGGUGCUGAAGAAUUCGCCGCAGACGUCACAGAAUGGCGAACUUACACCGACAACGCCAACGACGACGACGUCGGCGACGGCGCCAGGCAGCAAAUCUCAAUUCAUCCAGCCACCACCGCCGCCAUAUCCGGGAUUGGGAGUUGCCACGGGGGCCGCUGCGAAUACCGCAGCUGCCAGCGGCAGUUCAUCCAUUGCCAUAGCGGGUGCAAGUGCCAAGCCUGCGAUUGUGCCCGUCUCCAGCCCCCUGCCCCAUCCUCAUCCCCCGCUGCCCACGGCCACGUCGACGGGCAGCAAUAACAUUGCCAUAUCGUCGCCGCUGCUGGUGAAUCUACUGCAGAACGACGGCAAUGCCAUGUCGGAACCGAACCAGCUCAAGUCUCCGCAGCAGCAACAGCAGCAGUCGCCGCUGAUCGGUAUGAGUCCGAGUGGAGCGCAGAUGAUGAACUCCCCGAUGCGUUCCUCCGGUCCGGCGACGCCCAGUGAUUUCCUCAUGGGCGAUGUGCUGAGUCCAGUGGUGCCUUCCUCCCCAACAACGCCUCAGGCGGCGGCGGCUCCUCCUUGCCCGCCGCCCGUAGUGAUGCGGAGUAUGCAGCAGCAACAGCAGCAGGCUAUGCUCAGUCGCGGCAAUGGCAAUCAUUUGUAUACUCAGCAGCAGCAACCGCAGCAGCAGCAGGCUCCUCCCCCGCAUCGCUUUCAGCAGCAGCAAAUGUCUCCGCAGGCCGUGGCCUUGCGUCAGCAACAAUUGCAACGACAGCAGCAGCAACAACAACAGCAGCAGCUGCGAUUCAUGUCACCGCAGCAGCAACAGCAGCAGCAGCAAUUUCAGCCUGCGCCUGAUUGCUUCAAUAACAUGGGCAUGAGUCCCUUGCAACAGCAGCAGCAACAGCUGAGACAGCAACAACAGCAACUGCGGCCUGGCGGACUGCCUUUGGCGCCACCGCCACCUCAUCCGCAGCAGCAGCGCAUGAUGAGCCUGCAAAUGCCACAGGCCUCACCGCAGCAGCAGCAACAGUUUAUGAGCGGAGCAUCACCCCUGGGACCCGCACUUUCGCCCGCCUCCAGUCACCAUUCGAUGCACAGUCCGCUGAUGGCACAGCAACAGCAAACGCAAAUGAUGUCGCCUGCCCCUGCGCCGGGAUCAUCCGCACCCAGCGAGCUUACCGCUCACCAUGUACCUGCAGCGCCGCCGCCGGACUACAACCAGGCGGCAGCCAACUCGCGCUGGCCACUCGCCGGUAUCAAUAAGCCUAUGGAUUCGGCCAAAAGCAGUUUCCAGGAGUUCACGCGCUACCAGAUGCAGUACAAUCUUCAGCAGCAGCAGCAGCAAGUCAACCUGCCGGGUCAACAACAACAGCAGCAGCAGCCACAGGCGCAGCAACAACUGCCGCCUCCGCCGCAGCCGACGCAGCAGCAGCAACUGCCAAUGCAGGGACAACAACAGCAACAGACUACGGGCCAGGCUCAGGGUCUGGAUUCUCUGAUAUCGCUGUCCGUGCUGGAUGCCCUCACUACCAACGACCUGGACGCCCUGUUGCCUACUCUCAACUGUGAUCUGGACUCGACGCUCAGUCUUGAAGAUAAAAACGAGCUCGAAUCGCUCCUGCAGGAUGCAAAGGACCUGGACCUGGAUCUGAUCGAGGACAAUCUAUCGGCGGUGGGCAUGGAUGUGGGUGACGCACUCAGCACGCUGCAGGAAGCGCCAAUGGAACAACAGCAGCAGCAGCAAACGGUGAUGCAGACACAACAAAUGCUGCAAAUGCCUUUCCAACAGCAACAACAGCAGCAGCAACAACAGAUGCAGCAGCAAAUGAUAAUGCAACAGCAACAGCAGCAGAGACAGCAACUGCAAAUUCCUGCUCAGUUGCAGCAGCGCCAAAACCAGCAGCAAAUGCAGAGGCAGAUGCAACUACAACAGCAGCAGCAGCAACAACAACAACAGCUACAGAUGGUGCAACGCCAACAGCAGCAGCAGUUGCAAGUGCAACACCAGCAAAGGCCGCCCCAAAAGCAAUUCAUUAUAAAUCCACACACCGGCGACAUGGAGCCCAUGGCUAGCGAUGACAGUGACACCGAGGCCGAACAGGAAACAGCACAGAUGCCAUUCCGCACCAGCGGCGGCAUGUCCAGCAGUGGCCUGGGCAACUUUAACUUUAAUCCGGCCAACGACAUGUCCCUGCCCAACAAUCUCUUCUCCGAGGAGGACUCGAAUUCGGCGCAGCAGCUGCCGAUGGGCAUUAGCAGCGACCAGGAGAGGUCACGGGACUCCUUGGCCUCCAAUAAAUCAGCAGCGUCGAGCAGGGCCAGAAAGACGCCUGUCUCGAAGGCAAACCACGCCAACUUGCUUGCCGGAGAGAAUUCGCCACGUUCUAGCAACAGUUCUCCGCUGAUUGGCUUAAACUCGCCCCAAUCGAUGACCAGCGGCAAUGCAGGAGCUGCCGGAGGAGCAGCAAAUAAGAAGGCCAAGCCAAAUCUUCUGGAGAAGCUACAACAAGGGGUCAAGGAGCGUAAGGCCAAGGAUCCUGCGACGCCGAAGCCGAAGCGAGAGCGUGCGAAGGGUAAUGCCAAGACGAAGGCGGCCGGAAAGAUCAAGCUGCGACUGAAGCUGGACAAGGUGGACACGGUGCCGGCAGCGGGGGCGGGAUACGAAGGGCAGAUUAUAGUGAAUCAGCAACAGCAGCAGCAGUCACCCAUGGUUGCAAACAACCACAUGCAACAAUUGCCACUGCAGACACAACUUCUCACGUUGCCCACGCAGCAGCAGCAGCCACUGACACAACAAGCUCAGAUUCAGCAGCAGGUGCAGCAACCAACUCAGAUUCAGCAACAGCAACAAGCAACAAAACAGCAGUCUGUUCAGCACAAACAACAUCAUUCGGUCUAUACGAACUUCCAACAACAGCAGCAAGCACAGCCUGUUCCUGGUCUCAACGAGCCGCGUGUGCCGCUACAGAUCCGAUUGCGUGGCAAGAACCAUGUUGUCGUCAAGAACACGCGGAAGGAUCGAAAGAAGAGUGGACAGAACCAGGAGGCAGCCAUCGGGGAUGACCGUCAGUUGAAACGCAGCUACAGUGAUCAGCCGCCGCAGCAACUGCUUCUGGGCGGUGAUAACAAGCAAGCCAAGCUAACGCCGCCGCCGCAUGUCAACGGAUUGCCUAUUCUGAUACAGAAGACGACGGCAACAGUGGCACCGCAAGCGAUGACGGGAGCAGCUACCACCACCAAGACCACCACAAUUGUGGCGGGCAAAAACGGACUGACGAUCAGUGCGAUUGUGGAGGCGGCGCACAAGGCGCAGGCUCAGGCCCAGGCCCAGGCCCAACAAUCUCUCACUGAUCCUCAGCUAAUUGUAGGCUCCACGAAUACGGGGA